UCUAGAAGCUCUAACUGUAGAGAGAAUUACUUUUGUGGAGGUGUUUUUUCACUCCGGGAAUUCACCCCCUUUCUAACAAUAUCUACUAAAUGUAAGAAACAAACAAGUACAAAGAUAAUGAUAUGGGCUUUUCCUUUGAAGAACUCAAAAUUUAAUUGUAUUUAGCCAUUCAUUAAGAAAAUAGAAGACAAAAUGGGACUGGUAUCCGGUUGAUUGCGGUUUGCAGGGUCCGCCAUGGAGUCAGAGCAGAUGCUGGAGGGACAGACGCAGGUUGCAGAAAACCCUCACUCCGAGUACGGUCUUACGGACAACGUUGAGAGGAUAGUCGAAAAUGAGAAGAUUAAUGCAGAAAAAUCAUCAAAACAGAAGGUGGAUCUACAGUCUUUGCCAACCCGUGCCUACCUGGAUCAGACAGUCGUGCCUAUCUUAUUACAGGGUCUUGCUGUGCUUGCAAAGGAAAGACCACCAAAUCCCAUUGAGUUUCUAGCAUCUUAUCUUUUAAAAAACAAGGCACAGUUUGAAGACCGAAAUUGAUUACUUGGGAAGAAAAGAAACAUUUGGUUGCUACUGUAGAUUUACAUGAUUACGAGGCAGCUUUAAUUGCCAUGAUUCCCCUCCCCACUCUGGAACCUUCCGGACCACAGAACUCACUUCUGGAGUUGCAGAAGAGAGCAGCAUAUCCUCUGUCUGAUUUAAUCACCAUACUUAUUUAAUGAGUAUCAUCUGUGCAAUUUUUUUCUCAGAUGGUCUUUUACUUUGUUUUUAAAAAGACCUUCAAAAUAAACUGUUAAAACACCA